CAGAUGGCGUCCGCUACCGACUCCCGCUAUGGGCAGAAGGAAUCCUCGGACCAGAACUUUGAUUACAUGUUCAAGAUCCUGAUCAUCGGCAACAGCAGCGUGGGGAAAACCUCCUUCCUGUUCCGGUACGCCGACGACUCCUUCACUCCCGCCUUCGUCAGCACCGUCGGCAUCGACUUCAAGGUCAAGACCAUCUACCGGAACGACAAACGCAUCAAACUGCAGAUCUGGGACACGGCCGGGCAGGAGCGGUACCGCACCAUCACCACGGCCUACUACCGUGGGGCCAUGGGCUUCAUCCUCAUGUACGACAUCACCAACGAGGAGUCCUUCAACGCCGUGCAGGACUGGUCCACCCAGAUCAAGACCUACUCUUGGGACAACGCCCAGGUGCUGCUGGUGGGGAACAAGUGUGACAUGGAGGAUGAGCGCGUGGUCUCCUCGGAGAAGGGUCGCCAGCUCGCCGAGCACCUGGGCUUUGAGUUUUUCGAGGCCAGCGCCAAGGACAACAUCAACGUGAAGCAGACCUUCGAGAGGCUGGUGGACAUCAUCUGUGAGAAGAUGUCGGAGUCUCUGGACACGGCUGACCCCGCGGUCACCGGGGCCAAGCAGGGCCCCCAGCUCACGGACCAGCAGGCCCCCCCCCACCAGGACUGUGCCUGCUAG